AUGAUGCAAAUGCAAGUGGGACGUACUUUGGUGUUGGCGCUGGCCCUGCUCAGCUGCCUGGGCCUGGACAGCGGCCGGGCGGCCAAUGUGGGCAGGCAGCGGCGUGUGCAGACAAGUGCCACCAGCACGGGACCCACGCAGACAGCAUUGUUCGGGCUGCCGCUGUGGCAUACGACAUUCAACUCGAACGAUGACCAGCAGGCGGCAGAGGCUGAUCGCAGUGGCGGCGCCGGCGGCGCCUUGGAACUGGACUAUGCGGAUCUGUUGCCCGCUGCAGAACUGACGCCCGCACAGAUGCAGCAGCUACUUCUGUUAAACACACCCGUUGCGGCGGCACAGCAGAUGCGCUACUUCAAUCCCAGCAGUCGCAGCAGCAGCCAGGAUGAGCCGCGCUUCUUUCACAUGAAGUACCUCAGGCAACAGAACACCAGCUCGCCCAGCGAUGGGUGGCGGAACAUAACCACGGUGAACAUUAACAACAACAAUGUGACCAAUCUGCUGACUACUCCGGCCGCAGCGGCUGCCGCACGUAUCGUUGGAUCUGGACUGCUCCGUGCUCCACAGCUGCUGCCCAUGCAGUACUUCCAAACACGUCAGGGACAGGAUGCUGCUCAGGAGCUGCCCUACGAGCUGAUCGACUUGAACGCUGCGGACCUCUAUGGCGACGACGUGGCUGUCUCUGGCGUCGGCCUUGCUGGUCUUGGUGGCCUUGGUGGUGCCAGUGCCAUCAGUGGCAUCAGCAGUCUGGCCGGUCUCAGCGGUCUCGGCGGUCUCAGCAGUCUGGGUGCUGGUAUGCCUCUGGUGCCCAUCACCCUGGGCAACAAUGCGGUCGGCUAUGUGCCGCUCAAUUUGGGCAUGUUUAGACAACUUGCGGCCAGCACUGGAGCAGUGCCCAUUCGGGAGGGCGAAGAUGACGCCACGCUGGCCAUUGACAAACAGGAGCCGGAGCCAGAGUCUAACGAUGCGAUCGAGGAGCCAGCCAACAAUUCCGCGCAGCAAAUAAACAACUCUCGCUUCCAGCUGUUCGGCCAGCGCUUGAGGCAACGUCCCGGAGUCGCCGCGGUCUCCACAGCAGCUGUCAAUGACGGCUUCCCAAUGCGGAAUCCCCUGAGGACAUUCGCCAAGAACAUUCGCCGUGUCCAGUAUCUGUGA